AGUUUUAAUAUUUGUAUGGCAAAAACCCUAGAAGAACUUAUUAUAUUGAAAAGGACUGCUUUAAAAUAUCUUUUGAUAAGAGAAUCGAGACUUCUGGCUUUAGGCAAAAGACCGGUGAAUAAAAAAAUUGCUAAGUUUGUUAGAAAUCAUCAAGAAAAUAAUAACGUAUUGUCUGGAUGUUUGGAUUCUUUGAAUGAGGAUUUGUCGAGGAAUAUCAACGUGUUUGAGUGGAGAAUAGGAGAGGAUAACAGCACACCGGUGGAGAGAAGGGUGUUUCGAUUGAAUUCCGAGUCGCGGGAUUAUUUGAUGAACUACAAAAUGCCUCAUUGGGGUGGAAGAAUGACGGAAGCUCCAGUAGUAUCCGUGGAGCAGGGCCAACUGCAGGGCCGCGUGGUUACCAGCCCCGCCGGCAAGGCCUUCUACAGCUUCCAGGGCAUCCCCUACGCCAAGCCGCCGCUCGGCUCACUUCGGUUUAAGGCCCCACAACCUCCGGAACCAUGGGAGGGCAUCAGAGAGGCGACCGCAGAGGGCAAUGUUAGCGCCCAAAUCGACCCUCUAGUCCACAAACAAUACAUUGGCGACGAGAAUUGUCUCUUUCUCAAUGUUUACACCCCGAACUUGGAUGGGGAGUUCCUACCAGUCAUGGUUUUCAUUCAUGGAGGAGGUUUCAGGUUCGGUUCCGGGAAUUCCAGGAUGUACGGAGGCGAUUACUUAGUAGAAAAGGAUGUUAUCGUUGUGACAUUGAACUACCGCUGUGGUGCCCUAGGUUUCCUAAGUCUAAACACUCCUGAAGUCCCCGGGAAUGCUGGGCUGAAAGACAUGGUUCAAGCUCUUAGAUGGAUAAAGGAUAACAUUCACAAUUUCGGUGGUAAUUCCGGAAAUAUCACCCUUUUUGGGGAAAGCUGUGGGGGUGCUGCCGUCUCGAUUCUGACUGCGAGUCCUGCUUCAAAGCAUUUGAUCAACAAGGGCAUUAUCCAAUCCGGAACGGGGCUCAACAGCUGGGCUUUCCAGAAGACUCCUUUGGAGAACGCUAGAAGCCUCGCUAAGAAUCUUGGCUGCGAAUCUGACGACGUAGACGAUAUUCUGGAGUUCCUAACCGCGACUCCUGUUAGAGAAAUCGUUGAGGCCAACGACAAGAUGCAUCCCAGCGAUCUGUUUUACACUAGAGGCGAGAACAUUUUCGCCGCAGUCGUCGAGAAAGAAUUCCCUGGAGUAGAAGGGGUUCUGACCGAGGCCUUCAUAGAUUUACUGACAUCAGGGCGCGUGGCUGAGAUUCCGAUUAUGAUCGGGUCGACAACCCUCGAGUUCACAUUUGACAAGACCGAGGAAGACUUGCAAACCUUCAUCCCUGAUGACUUGAAAAUUGAGAAGAACUCUCAAGAAUCUGUAGCUAUAGCUGAACAGAUCAAAGAGCUAUACUUCAAAGGCAAGCAUGUUGGCGUGGAGACGUUACCAGAAUAUUUCGAGCUGCUUUCAGAUAAACUUGUUAACAUCAAUACGCAUAGAUACGUUCAAUAUCUGAUACAAGUGUCGAAUAAACCGAUUUACUAUUACAAAUUUGAUUACGUUGGCGAGUUGAACCUUACGAAGAAGUUGCUCAGGACUCUAGGUUUAAACCACGCAGGACAUAUGGAUGAACUAGGGUAUCUAUUCAAGAAUGACCUGCUGAAAGAUGUGGAGCCUACUCCUCAGGAUGUCAAGAUGCGGGAGAGAAUGCUUCGGCUUUGGACCAACUUUGCCAAAUCCGGAAACCCGACUCCUGAAGAGAGCCAUUACCUGACAGUCACUUGGCAGCCAGUUACGAAGGACAACCUCUACUAUCUCAACUUGAGCAAUGAGUUAUCCCUUGGCACCAACCCUGAUAAGGAAAAGAUGGCCUUCUGGGACUCCUUGUACAGCAAAUACUUCAAAAUCUGGGAACACCCUAAGAUCAACAACGAAGAACCACCGAAAAGGAUCGUAGACCUCAUUGUCGACGAGGUUCAGAAACCAGAGCCGAUAGUAGAACCGACACCAGUACCGGAGAUAAAGGAAGAACCCGUUAUCGUCGUGUCUGAACAGAUUACCCACGAAGAACCAAUAAUCGUCCAGGAAACAACCAUAGAAACCGUCACGGUCGACAAUGGCGACGCGGAACCGCAGGAAAUCAUCAAAAUCACUGAAGAAAUCAAAGUAUUAGAUGUACAACAACCGGAACCCGAGAAGCCGGCAGAAGAAGUUAAGCACGUCAAUGGUAACGGCAUCGAUAGGAAACCGAGGCCCUCGAACGAGAUCAAAAUGGUCCAACAUUCCAACGGAGGCCCUCGUGACGUCAUCAGAGCCAACGACCCUCCAGAAGACGAUUUGCCCAAGAACAUCGGAGUCAAUAAAUUUGUUAAUUUCUUCGAGUCACUAGGCGGAAAGAAGUAAAUGCCAUAGUUAGGUGUUUCUAUCGAUAUGUAAGUACCGUAGACAAAGCGCUUCAAAGAAAAAUACGACGAAAACUUGACACUAACUUAGCUAUUUAUACGCAGCGGUAUAUACAUUAAAUAAAAUCGUCAAAAUUACGUAGGUACGGUCGUCUUAGCGUCUAUAGCGCGUGGUGAUUUGUAACGCGGUCGGGUUAUACAAUCAAAGAGCAAAAGUCACUGAGCCCAGCGAAUUAUUUGUAAACAGUGGUGAAAUUACGAACAAUUAUUUGUCAUAAUUAUAAAAUUUAUAUUUUUGUAGGUGUAUUUGGUCUAUUACAGAAACGACAUGUAACCAGGUCUUAAGUGCAACCAGUUAAUUUAUUACUUUGCAAGAAACUGAUUGGACUUUUGCAGCUUAUCGUACGAUUCCACAUGUUGCCAAUUCGUCGUCUAAUCGCGUACGGUCACGAGCAUUAAUAUGUAUACACUUUGGUACCAUGUCGUAUUAACUUUUUUGACAAAUUGAACUGUAAGUCUCACUAAAUGUCAAAUAUGUUAGUGCGACAGAGUUCUAAGGUGGGUACAUUAUAUAUGUACAUUAUACAUUACAUUAUAUAGG